UUGAGUAUGCCCUGUACUCUUGUAGAGCUCAUAAAAGGACGUAACCAUGGCAACCGUUGACUUGAACAUAAAACCGUGUGACUUUGAUGCUAUCGAUUAUUUUUUUAAUUGAGUAAUUAUUGAUUUUUUUCUUUUGAUUCAUAAGGUCAUGAAGUCAUUCAUCAUAGUUGCUGCUAUCGAUUUUUUUGAUUAUCGAGUAAUCUAUUGAUUAGUUUGUUCGAAUAAUCGGAUAAAACUAGGGCUGCUUUUAUCGAUUAUUUUAAUAAUCGAGUAGUCCACCAUGAAUUGAUUAACGUGGACCCCGACUUAAACAAGUUGAAAAACUUAUUCGGGUGUUACCAUUUAGUGGUCAAUUGUACGGAAUAUGUACUGAACUGUGCAAUCUACUAAUAAAAGUAUCAAUCAAUCAAUCAAUCUAUCGGUUAUGUUGUUUAUUAAUAAAAAUAUCGGAUGAAAUGAUAACUUUAGUAAUCAAGUAAUCCAUAGAUUAGUUUGUUCAAUUAAUCAAAAAAUCGGUUGAAACUAGUGCUGCUGCUAUCGAUUAUUUUAAUAAUCAAGUAAUCCAUUGAUUAGUUUGUUCGAAUAAUCGGAUAAAACUACGGCUGAUGUUAUCGAUUAUUUUAAUAAUCAAGUAGUCCAUCCAUUAGUUUGUUUGAUUAAUGAAAUAAUCGGAUAAAAACAAUGGCUGCUGCUAUUGAUAACUUUAGUUACCUCCCUGCUUGGCACUCACCAUCAAGGGUUGGAUUUGGGGGUUAAAUCACCAAAAAUGAUUCCCGGGCGCGGCACCGCUGCUGCCCACUGCUCCCCUCACCUCCCAGGGGGUGAUCAAGGGUGAUGGGUCAAAUGCAGAGAAUAAUUUCGCCACAUCUAGUAUGUGUGUGACAAUCUUUGGUACUUUAACUUUAACUUUAUCGAGUAAACGGAAUAAACUAGUGCUGCUGCUAUCAAUUUUUUUUAUUAUUCGAUUACUGGAGAGUAAUUGGAUGAAACUAUGGCUGCUGCCAUGGAUUAUUUUGAAUAUCGAGUAAUCGGAUGAAACUAGGGCUGCUGCUGCCGAUAACUUGAGUAAUCCAUAGAUUAGUUUAAGUAAUCGAAUAAUUAGAUUUAACUAGGGCUGGUGCUAUCUAUUAUUUUAAUAAUUAAGUAUUAGAUAAGACUAGUUCCUGUUAUAGUCGAGUAAUCAGAUGAAGCUCGGGCUGCAGCGAUUAGUUUGUACGAUUAAUCGAGUAAUCGGAUGAAACUAGGGCUGCUGCUAUCGAUAACUUUAGUAACUGAGCAUUCCACAGAUUAGUUUGUACGAGUAAUCGGAUAAAACUAGGGCUGCUGCUAUCAAUUGUUUUAAUAAUUAAAUAGUUUAUCGAUUAGUUUGUUUGAUUAAUGAAUUAAUCAAAUAAAACGAUGGCUGCAGCUAUCAAUAACUUGAGUAAUCCAUAGAUUAAAUUUUGGUCGAUUAAUCGAGUAAUCGGAUUAAACUAGGGCUGCUGCUAUCUAUAACUUUAGUAUUUUCGUAAUCCAUAAAUUACUUUGUUCAAGUAAUCGGAUAAAACUAGGGUUGCUGCUAUCCAUUAUUUUAAUAAUCAAGUAGUCUAUUGAUUAUUUUGUUUAAUUACGUAAUGAAAUAAUCGGAUAAAAUAAUGGCUGCUACAAUCGAUAAAUUUAGUAAUCAAGUAUUCCAUUGAUUAGUUUGUUCAAUUAACCGAGUAAUCGGAGGUAACUAGGGCUGCUGCUAUCGAAAACUUUAGUAAUCAAGUAAUCCAUUAAUUAGUUUUUUUCAGGUAAUUGGAUAAAAGUAGGGCUGCUGCUAUCGAUAACUUUAGUCAUCGAGUUAUCCAAGGAUUAGUUUCUGUCAAGUAAUCAGAUUAAACUAGGGCUGCUGCGAUUCUUUUAUUUCAUAAUCGAGGAAUCUGAUGAAACUAAAACUACGGCCGCUGCUAUCGAAAACUUUAGUAAUUGAGUAAUCCAUUGGUUAUUUUGUUAAGGUAAUUGGAUAAAACGAUGGCUGCUGCUAUCGAUUAUUUUAAUAAUCAAGUAGUCUAUCUAUUAGUUUAUUUGGUUAAUGAAAUAAUUGGAUAAAACGAUGGCUGCUGCUAUUGAUAACUUUUGUAAUUGAGUAAUCUGUAAAUUAGUUUGUUUGAGUAAUCGGAUAAAACUCAGGCUGCUGUUAUGGAUUAUUUUAUUAAUAAAGUAGUUUAUCGAUUAGUUUGUUUGAUUAAUUAAAUAAUCAGAUAAAACGAUGGCUGCUGCUAUCGAUAACAUUAGUAAUCGUGGUUGAGUAAUCAGAUAAAACUACUGCUAUCAAUUAUUUUAAUAUUCAAGUAAUCUAUUGAAGAAUGUGCAGAAACAGUAAAACAAACUAAAUAGUAGUUAAAAAAUAGGUGAAUACAAGGUAGAAUAAGGCAUAUAAUAGGUAAACAAAAGUGAAUUAAAAGCUAGUGGGUCCAUGACGAAGACUUCUGUUUUGUUUGAUCAGCCAUUUUACUUCCGUGUUUCAGGGACCGUUUGGAAACAAUUAAGGUAUGUAAAUAAACAUUUGCAGAAUAUUUAUGUGUAAAUAACUCAUUUCACAACAUAUAUAUCUGUGACUUAUUUAUGGAAAUGUUGUUUUUCUUAAUUUGGUGGGCGGGGCUCACAGUCCGGGAAAUACGGUAAAUAAACACUUAAAUUAGGCCAAAAAAUGCAAAAUAUGCAUUCAAAAAUGCAUUUUGUGACCAUUUUCCAUAACGUCUCAUUUAAUAACCACACUGCAAUAUCAGGAGUAAGCAGGAGGAGUCUGUGCAGUGGUUUAGAUCUUCUGUGAAGGUUCAAUGGAAAGUCCAAGGUGAGUCGUUUUCAUUUAUUUGACAAAAUUAUAACUUAUUUUGAUAACAGUAAGAAAUGUUUCAAAUGUGGGCUUGUUCUUGUUUCGAGGCUUGGUGGCGUUUGCUUUAAAAGUUGCAAAGCGGUCAUAAAUUCGUGUGAUGGACCUUGAGCACAUGCUAAUAAAAGACAACGCACUAUAAAAACAAAACACUAUAAUUGUAUAUUUGUUGUGGAGCAUAGAUUAAGACUGUUGUUUGCUUAAAUGGUACUCACACUUACCCCUUGCUUCCAUAGACAGGUGUGACACCUACAGCAGGAGGAGCUCACUUGCGCUCUGCCGAGGGCCACACCUGCGGUGAGACGUCUCUUGGCUGCAAGGUCUGACCGCCAGUCCAUUUCAGUUAUUUUCAGCACCACAAAGUAUGUCUCUGAAAAGCAUCCCAGCAUUAGAGAUUUUCCUGGCCAUCCUGGGCAUCGGCCUCCUCAUCAUGUUCUGCACCACCUUCUGCCGGGCGUGCAGUCGCCUGCGGCAGGAGCAGAUCGAGAGGGAGGCGUGGCGUCGCAGCGAGCAGGACAAUCGCCCUCCUUCCAUAUAUUUCAUCCCCUUCCCCGGAAGACUGUCACAGGACGAGGAAGACCACCACAGGACGCCUCGGUACAGCCAGGAGAUCUUUACGCCUCCACAGUACAACGCCGCCAACUACAGUGGACCUCCUCCCUCCUAUACUGAGCUGGGGUGCAAGCCUGACGACCUGCCGCCCGCGUACUCGGAAUACAGCGUCAACCCAAUCACAGCGUCAGCUCACACGGACGCAGUCCAGCCUCCGACACAAGCAUAAAAGUCUGCCAAGUGGACACUGACUCUUGCACUGGACUAUCUGCAAUGUGAGUGAAGGCACGGAGAUAAGAAGAACGGACGCAGCUGAGUCGGCACCUGUCUGGAGGUGAUGUAACGACUUUGAAGCUAAUUGUACAAACAUUUCAACUAAAGUAGCUGGUCUACUUUCAUAUUUUAAACUCCUAAUAUUUUAUCCAAAGAUAUGGCUAAUUUUCUUCAAGACGAUGUUGUUUGGUGUGCAUGUUGUUCAAUAAAACACUGUUAAAAUCA